UCCUGUCACUCACCUAACUGCGUCUAUCAAAAAGCGAGUGUCAUUGUUCAAACAACUAGCGUGCGUAUCACAACAAUAUCAAUUUUAUUACAUGCAAAUAAUCGUAUUGAAUCUCAGGUUAGAAAAACCAGGUCAGGUUGCAUCAGAAACAGAUCUCACACGACAUUGCCUUCAAAGGAUGCGUAUCAGCUGGCAAUCGGCCAAUUGAACACAUCCUGUGAAGCCUCGUGCCGGAAGAGCUCUAUUAGUACUCCUGAAUUAGUUCGUUGCAUCGGCUGCGUCUGUAGGUCCCCCAGGCACCUCAUAGAUAAUCCUUUCACUUAAAAGGCGCCACAGCUAGAAACUGUCGUACUACUACUACUACUAGUAACCCAACAUGUCUCAACGCCAAAGUUGUAGAUUUUUUAACUCGCCAGGCGGCUGCCGCCGUGGCAAAUCUUGUACUUUUGAACACAUUCAACCAAAUGCACAGCAUCGUGGAGGAGACGGAAGACCGUCAUCACCGGGCGCGUCUUCUAGUGGAUCUCCUUCACGACGCAAUGCUCAAGGCCCUCAGCGCCAAACGUCACCGUCAACCCCACCUCCUCGAGGAGUGUGUCGAAUCUUCUGGGAGACAGGUCGAUGUUAUCGAGAGUUCGGCUGCCGUGGUGCACAUACCCUCCCGCAGGGUCAGGAUGGCAGGCGAACUCCGCAGCCUUUCGCAAUCCCCACACAGGCUGCGCAAGCGUUCAUUGCCCCAUUCCUUACAGAGAAAGGUCUAUCAAAACUCGUAGGAGGUGGUACCGACGGUUAUUUCCCUCAGGAUGCUACAACGUCUCUGACUCCGUCGGAGACUCAAAGCCGCUUGAGGAGAUUCUUCAGAGAAGACUUUCGAUUCAAGACUGCACCUGAGAUUUACGGCUUUCUCAUCCCACUGUCGAGUGCCAAUAUUCAAAAUGACUCAUGGACUCAAGAAGAAGGACAGUUACUACUCGAAGCCUUGACUUCGAACGCUGGUCGACUUCGGGUCGCCGAGAUAGUGACUUGGCCCAAUGUUUCUCCCAAAACAGCGAUGAGUCGCGAAAUUCUUUCAUUCCAAAGAGGGCUUAUACCCCUGCUGAGAUAUAUGUCUUCUGACUUCGUUGUUCAGAGCACUUUGAGGACUCAAGCAAAUCAACUGUACAUGACGGUUUUACAGAACCUUCCAAGUUUUGCAGAUGCUGUCGAGAAGUCUAUGGACAGCAUCAUUGCUUCCCGUUCCUUUAGCGACCCGGGUGCUUCUGGAAAAGACCCUGUUGACGCACAGGCGUUCGCAGCCAUUGCUGGUGUUCUGCACGAGUUUCUGAUUCGCUUCAAGAACGCUGUUGCGACAUAUCCUCGGCUGGCACCCUUGGUCAUGAACUUGCAGAAAUGGUUUGUAGAGUGGAAGACUGGUGUUCACGCCAAUCCGCCUUUGUUCAAUAAUUUUCUUGGAAGCCUGCAGCCUACUGUACGAGACCUGCUCGUUCAAACUCUCAACGAGAAGAUCCACAAGCUGGUUUCCAUUGUUGAACGGGAACAAGGAAAAGAAAUACGUCCUGAUCGUCAAAAAAAGUCCGCCCCCUCCAAUGAGGGCAUCCUUGCUGCCCUUCAUAGUACAUAUCAAGGCCCGGGUGCCUUACGUGAAGGUGGAUCUCGUCACGAUAAUGAUUUCGAGAAUAUCAAUGACAUUCGCGUUGCUCCCACUCAUGAGGAACUCAUGUGCCGUAUCCCCCCGUUCUUGCCUGUGAACUUCUUUGGUGCUCCUCAUCCAGCACCUAUGGAGAGCAUGCAACGCUUGCUCGACAUCCAGUUCAGGCUUUUGCGAGAAGAGUUGACUGCCCCUUUACGCCAAGCUGUUCAGCUCGUCCAUGAUGACCUCAAAAUACAGUCACGCAAGAAGACGAAACUGGCAGAGCUUCUAAAGAACAAAGGAGGAAAGUACCAUGGCCAGGCGGACACACAAGACAGUCUUAUGUUUAACGUUUACACUGGCGUUGAUUUCGUGUCGCUCGUACCUGACUGGAAAGGUAUAUCUGCAAGUAUCGUUGUUGACGCGCCCCCGGGCCGUGCGCGCUCCAAUAACUCCCAUAUGCGAACUUCAUUCUGGGAGAGUGGCAAGCGCCUUUCCCAGGGCGGCUUGAUCGCCCUUGUGUGGCAAUCUGGCAAUGAUAUCUCUGUACACCUUGGGGUGAUCGCCAGCUCCCUCAAAGAUGUUACUGAGUGUGUGAAGCGCGAUCCAGAUCGCGUGAAGCUUCGCAUCGUCUUCUUCGACACGAAGUUGGAGUUGCGUAUUCUGCAAGAGCUCAGGAACACUCAGACGUUUGGACAAAACAUCAAGUUGUUGGUCGAAUCCUCCGUUAUGUAUGAAGCCAUCCGACCAUUCCUCGAAGCUCUGAAAGGCGAACCCGAGGAAGUCCCAUUCCCGCGCUAUCUAGUUCACCGACCACCGGGAUUCCUAAAUACUUGCAAAGUGGACCCUCCACGUUACUCAACGAUGCCUGGCUUCGCGUUCAAUCUUUCAUGUCUCUUCCCCGACAAGACAGACGUAGAGGACUUGACGCUCUCAGCGACAGAUAAUCAAUCUAUCGAAAAUGCGCGUGCUGAGCUACGACAGGGUAGCCGCCUUGACCCGAGCCAGGCGGAUGCAGUUGUUGAUGCACUGACGAGAGAGGUGUCUUUAAUUCAGGGUCCUCCAGGGACAGGAAAGAGUUAUACCGGUGUUGAAUUGCUCCGUGUGCUACGAGCCAAUGACAUCGGCCCCAUCUUGAUGAUUGCAUUCACGAAUCACGCACUGGAUCACAUGCUUGGCUCUGUGCUGGAUGCAGACAUCACCAAGAAGGUUGUUCGUUUGGGUUCUCGCUCGGCGGAUGAAAGAAUUUCGCAAUAUUCGAUCGAGACACUGGAAAAGGUGAACAACGAAUCUCGCCUCAACAGAACAUUUUCCAGCAAGCGCAGGGAGCUUAAGGAGAUCCAAGAAAGUAUCAGGAACUUGAUGUCCAAGGUCCUGAUGGAUGACCUGGAAUCGAACUCCACCGAAAUUAUGAAGUAUAUCUCAGUCUUGCAUCCGGAGCACUCCGGAUACCUAAAUGCUCCGCCAAUGUGGAUUCAGAACAUCAAGUCCCUUUCCAGCGACGACAACGACGACGGUGCGGGUGAAUGGCAGCAACAGGGCCGACGAGGCAAGACUUUUGUCAAGGACAUGUCAUUCUAUGCAUUUUGGAGGGACGGAUCUGACUUGGAAUUCAUCGAAGCUUUGAAUAACGGCUCAUACGCACCUUGGAAAACCACGCCUCCGCCUGAAGAAACGACAAGUAAUAGGUUUAAUCUUUUAGAACAGGAUUCUUUGCCCGAAUCGGAUGAUGAAUACGUGACGAGCGAGGAGCAAGAUGACGAGUCGCCCCCUGAAGACGUGCCGGUUGAGGACGCUUGGAUGAACGUUAAGGUCAAGCCGCCACCUCCCGAACCUGCUAGUUCGAAAGAAGUCCCUGUUGCUCCCACCAAAGCUCCCGAUGCCUCCACUCUCGAGCCUGAACCUCGUGAGGAUGCCGGUCUGGAACAGGCGGACUUUAAGGACCCUGAAGGAUUUCUCGAAGCCCUCGGAUGCUCGCAAUGGCCUGUCGUUCCUACUUCCAGUCGCCCCUUGAAUGAACUUCUCAAUGAUGUCGGCGACGUUUGGACGAUGAGCAGGGCAGAACGGCAGAACUUACAUCAUUUCUGGGUUGAAAAUACGCGCAUAGAGUUGGCUGAGACACAGACAGGCGAGUUUGCGCGCCUUCGCGGGCUUCACGAGGGUAUACUGCGAGAAUGUAACGAAGGCCAAGAAGAGGUGCGUCGAAAUUUACUGCGCAACAUCGAUAUCAUUGGUUGCACCACGACUGGCGCAGCAAAGUUGGCCACGCUCUUAAAGUGUCUGGGUCCUCGAGUUUUGCUCGUUGAAGAAGCUGGUCAGGUUCUGGAGGCUCACGUGCUCGGAAGUUUGGUGCCCUCGAUUCAACACCUAAUUAUGAUUGGUGACCCCUUACAACUGCGGCCGACACUCAACAAUUUCUCGAUGUCCAUGGAUAGCCAGCGAGGGCGAGAUCUCUACAAGUUUGACAUGUCUUUGAUGGAACGUCUUUCGAGCUCCGGACUUGCGAUGUCUCAGAUUGAUGUACAACGCCGAAUGCGGCCUGAAAUUUCGAGUUUGAUUAGGAACACGCUUUACCCCAAGCUUGAUGACCACGAGCUCGUCCGCCACUAUCCCUCUGUCCGAGGCAUUACGAAGAAUCUGUUCUUCGUCAGUCACAACCACAGGGAAAAUGAGGGUGCAGAAGACUCCGCCAGCAAGUACAAUUUGUACGAGGCAAGGGUGAAAAUGAUUCGCGAACUAGUAUUGUAUCUAUUGAGGCAAGGCUGCUACUCUGAGGAAGGUGACAUCGUGGUUCUUUGUGCCUACCUUGGUCAGCUUGCCAAGCUACGAGAUGCUCUUGCUAAUGAGGUGGCGAUUGUGAUUGAUGAACGCGACCAAGCUGCUCUUGCUGACCACGAGGGAGACGAUGAAAAUGAUUUGGGUGGUGGGACCACGAUUGAACAUGUAAAAGUCACGCAAAGGGUUCGAUUGCGCACCGUUGACAACUAUCAAGGCGAAGAGGGUAGAAUCGUGAUCUUGUCAUUGGUUCGAAAUUCUGGAGAACUGGACGAUGAAAUUGGGUACACGAACGGAAUCAGACCUAGCAUUGGUUUCCUAAAGUCUGAGAACCGCACGAAUGUGGCUUUGUCUCGUGCACGCGAAGGUCUUUUCAUUUUUGGAAAUGCUGCAAACCUGUCCUCCAAGAGUAAAAUGUGGCGGCAUAUCAUUGAGGAACUGGAAACGAACGAAGCCCUUGGUCCAGCACUUCCUAUCGCUUGUCAUAUGCACCCGGAGACGCUCGAGUACGUCUGCGAACCAGGUCAACUACCCCAAUUAGCCCCUGAUGGAGGAUGCAUGCGACCCUGCGACUUCCGUUUGAACUGCGGUCAUAUGUGUCCAUUCAAGUGUCACAGCGAUGAUCAGAAACAUGCUUCCGUAACGUGCAUGCAAUCAUGUACGAGGCUCUGCACAAGAGGCCAUCCAUGCACCAAGCAAUGCUCUUCCACAUGUGGCGAUUGUUUCUUCCCGGAAGCCAAUGUCGAACUUCCGUGCGGACACUUGAAGGCUUCUGUUCCAUGCCACGAGAUCAACGCAUUGGAAAACGUCUACUGUAAUUCCAUGGUUGACAAGGAACUGCCUCGUUGCGAGCAUACUGCUCGUAUGGCAUGUUCGACUGAUCCAGCCACUUAUCUCUGCAAGGCUCCAUGUAACGGGAUUAUGAGUUGCUGUGGAAGAUCAUGCAACGCAAAGUGCUACGAAUGUCAGCAGAAGAAUACACCUACCGAAGGAGAACAUACACGGAGGACACAGCAUACUGCUCACCCUUGCGAGAAACCACUUUUCUGUGAACAUCUGUGUCAGGAUGCUUGUUCUGACGACCACAAGCACACCGUCGCUUGUAGGAAACCAUGUAGACAAGCCUGCUCCCAUGCCCGGUGUCAAUUGUUGUGUUCGAUGCCUUGUGCGCCGUGUCAAGAGUCAUGCACGUGGAGCUGCCCACACCAGUCCUGUCCUGUACCAUGCGGCUCUGUCUGCGCAAGGUUGCCCUGUGACGUACCUUGCAAUACAAUCUUGCAUUGUGGACACAAGUGUCCUUCUGUUUGCGGGGAAGACUGCGACAUUCAAAUUUGCCCGCAGUGUGCUUCCGAUGACAAGAAACGCCAUGUCGUUGAUUUCAUCUUGCAGCGCACACUAUCCGAAGUUACACCGGAGUUGAACACUCUCGACGAGAUGUUGAUUACCAUUCCCUCAUGCAAACACACGUUCACCGUAGAAACUCUGGAUGGUCACUGCAGUAUGAAUGAUUUCUACGUCCAGAACGAGUCCGGACGGUGGCUUCGCAUGCUUUCCCCCAUCGGAUUCAGAAAACCUCCUACAUGUCCAACAUGUCGUUCACCCAUUACAGCUCCCAGAUAUGGUCGCAUCUUCAAGCGAGCUGAUCUGGAUAUCUUGGAGCACAAUGUUGCCGCCCGUAUGUCUCGAGCGCUUCACCAGGUCCAAACUGCCAUUCUCCGUAUUCCUGAAGAUGAGAUGAAGGCCGCGGUCAUCCGUGAUGCAGCUACCAUCAAAAUUCGCCCCUCAAAGCUCAAGGGGUCCAACUCGCAGGCAAAGCCUCGUUCUGAGGAGUUGAUGUCAAAGAAGGAGGUCCCUACCUCAGAACGUGCCCUCAACUCUACCAACACGUCUUUGCAUGCUAUUGAUUCAGCGGUUGGCCGAGUUUGGGGUAAGAUCACCCACAGGCUAUUCAGUGCCUACAAGGAGGCAAUUAUAGUUGCCGAGACACGCUCUGCCCACCUACAUGCUUGGGAGUCUGCAUUUUCAUCCCUGUACCACCGCGAAUUAGCCACUCUUGUCGACAAUCCAGCUCAUACGCCUGUUCGGCCGCAGGAAAAUGCGAUGAGGCUUGCGAGACUGCAAGUUGGCCAGCCGCGUCCGCGAGCUGAUAGGCGGUUCAUCGUAGAAGCCUUUUGGUGUACGUUGCAUAUUCGCCUGACUCUGAUUGCUCUGGGUCGCACGUGGCUAGAGGAGGUGGGCAAGCGCGAAGCCGACUAUCCGCUGUACCAUUUCCAGCUAUGGGCAAGCUACGUCAAGUUCAUGCUGCAGAGUUGUUCUCUCGAUGUGAUCAAGGCUCUUGAGCUCGCAAAGAGCUCUGAAUCACACCGACAGGUCACCAAGACUUCUCUUCUCUACAUGCGUGUCAAGCUAGAGAACUUCCGAUUUAGCCUAUACAUGUCCAACAAACUUGGGAACAUCAAAGAUCAACGACCAGAGAUGGUAAAGGCUGCGGAACAGUACGGCUAUGAGGCGCAGGAAUUCAUGAGGGAUGUAAUCAUAGAUCAUUUCGCAAACAAGGUCACGCCAUCGCGAGAGGAAGAGGCUUUAUGGCUUGCAGAGAACUUUUCUGGUGCUGCGCAGACGAUUGUGGAUGAGUGGGAGGCCAUUAAGAGGGCCGUCGGUAGAUCCACGUUUUAUCAGGAAGUCUCGUUAAACGAGCAGAUGGAAAUAGUGCAAGCCUUCAACUUCGGCAGCACUGGGCACUUCUACAACUGUGCAAAUGGUCACACAUUUGUGAUUACCGAGUGCGGAGGAGCCAUGCAACGUAGUGUUUGUCCAGAGUGCGGCUCUCCCAUAGGAGGACAGAGCCACAGUCUCGAUAGUACAAACACCAGAGCAACUCAGUAUGACGACCUUGCUCAGCGAGUGAACCCCCGUAUAGCACCAACCCCUUGGGCCAAUCCUUAUUAGAGAGCGCUUAUGACUUUGACCGUCGCAGAAUGCAUAUGUACAAACAGAUAUUCGACUGGCUUUUUAUAUAAACAGUUCGGCGUUGUAACACUUACUCCAAGAAAUCUACGAUCUGGC